AUGGAGGGCAGCGGCACCGGAAUCAGCAGGCUCGAUUGCUACGAGGAUAUGUUCAAGGAAAUCACCAGGAAACUCUAUGGGGAGGAUCCUGAUCACAGAACAUCGAGCGUGCAGAACGAGUUCGAGACAUCGGUGUCGUACAAGAACGACGAGGACACUGGAAACGGCACCGAUGGAAGCGAUGAUGGCAAUUGGACGUGCGAAGAGGAGCCGCUUAAAGGAACCGAUGGAAGCCGCAUCGCAGCUUACCAUGCUGGAAAAUCGACGUGGAGAUGCUACGAAUGUGGCGAGGUGAUGGGGGGCGGACCCAGAGACGUGGCCGAACAUUUUAUGGAGCUUCAUUCCUCGAGGAUCCUCGCAGACGACAGCAGGAACAGGCCCCAUUCCCCCCGCAAGGAUUACCUGCAGUCGGAUCUGAAGAUCGAGGACGUGAUCCCUUACCUGGAGAGGCUACGGGAACGGGCGGAACGUGUAGCGCCGCCGUCUAGACGGACCCAGGAAACACAAACGAUACCUGCCGCCUUAUUGCCGGUCACGUCCACCUUUCUGCUGCAGGAACUACCUUCCUCCCCUGCGCCGCAACAUCUGCACCAGACCACAACGACAAUACCGACGUCCGCCACGGUGUCCGUCAGCGUGAAAAGGUACACUUGUCCGUACUGUCCGUACGGGACGGAUCGUCGCGAUCUAUACACGCGGCACGAGAACAUCCAUCGAGAAGAGAAGCCGUUCCACUGUUACGUAUGCUACAAACCCUUCAACCGGGCCGAUCACGUGAAGAAACACUUCCUCAGAAUGCAUCGGGAACACGGCUACGAGCUGGCCAGGAUACGUAGACCGGUUGGAUCGAUCGCGCCUAAACAAGAACCCGGUGUUGGGAGCACCGGAAAUGCAAACACGAACGGCCAACAACAACAACAACAACAACAACAACAACAACCACCGCAGCACACGAGCUAUUCAUCAGCGUUCAACAAUAACAAGACCUACCAGUUGCAGCCGAUCCCUGGAAACGGAACCACCACGACCACCACGAUUUAUCAGCCGACCUCGAUGCCCGUCCCGAGUAUCAUGCAACCGGACGCGACGAACUGCACCACCACCGGAAGGAGGGUCCAAAAUGGCGGGUGUAAUAGUAAGAGCCAUUUGAAGGGCGGUUCGAAAGGGAAUCAGGAACGGAGGUACAGUUGCUGCUACUGUUCCUGGAGCGGCGUAGACAACUGGUGCCUGAAACGGCAUCUGAACACUCAUCUGAAGCCAUUCGCAUGCACUCUGUGCGAAUACAAAGCGGCGCGAGCCGAGCGUCUCGCAACACAUGUGUUGAAAGUGCAUAACAGGCGGCAGUGCUCGAGGUGCUCGUUCUUAGGGGAAGAUGCGGCGCAGCUGCAGAUGCAUCAGCUGCACGUACAUCGUAUUAGCAGCGCGAAUGCGCCUGCAACGUCCACGGUGCAGGCCACGCCACAGCUGAAUAAUCGUCAUCCGCAACCCUUGCACCCCGUGGGAGGAGGUCGACCACCACCUGGUCCGCCAGUUUUUCCAGCCCCUGCGCCCGCCAUCACAUCUGCUACCACUGUGAUACCACCGACAACGAUACUCGGCAACCAAUUGGUUCCUGACGAUCCAUCAGCCUGGGAGUCUCCCGACGAGUGCGCUUGGGAGUGUUCGUGGGAGUGUCCUUGGAUCGAGAGGAAGCCAUAUGUAAGACGAUCCAGGAAGCAGAGCACACCCAGAAAAGUGAUCGGGAAUCAGGAAUUCGAGGAAGAGGAUAUGAUAUUCGAGCAGAGGUACCAGGAGAUGUUCCAGGAGGAUCUGUCGAGGUCGGCCAAGAAGACCAUCGGUUUGGACGAGCUGAAGAUGAGGUACCGACGUCGAUUGGCUGGACGAAAGCUGUUGAAGUGCACGCUGUGUCCUCGAGAGUCCCUAGCCAGGGGUCGAUCUUAUCAUACAAAGGCCUCCCUGGUGUUGCAUAAAUUCUGGAGACACGGCCCACGUAAGACCUGCCUGAAGAGUUGCGUGUCGAGGGACCGUCCUCUGUCUUUGGUCUCCUCCAUCACGCUGAGGGCCACAGUUUUCACCAGUCCUGGAUACGGUUAUCACAGAUAA